AUGGACAGCUCGGACUCCGAAUCCUCGCCAUCGCCGCGCCUGCGCGUUACUAACAUCACCAUCUCCACCCAGAGCUAUAACAUUCCCUCUCCCAGCGAGAUGGAUGUCGAUCACGAGUACGUCGACGUCUCCAGCCUCGCCGACCACGAUUCCAUCGCCAUCAUAAACCCCGACAAUGCCGAUCAAGACACUGAAGCCCUCCAAGAUCUCCCUCUGGCCAACGACUAUGACGCCAUGAAGGAGAUUGUUCUUCCCCCUCUGGCCGACCAGCCCAAGAUCCUCGAGGACAGUGUAAACACAUGGACCGUUGAAAACUGGCGUAGUCUUGGCAAGAAGGAACAUGGUCCUGUCUUCCAAGCUGGCGGAAACCCUUGGCGCAUUCUACUCUUUCCCCACGGAAAUAACACCGAUCACUGCUCCAUCUACCUCGAGCACGGUUUCGAAGCCGACGCCAUACCGGACAACUGGAGCUGCUGUGUUCAGUUUGCUCUGGUUCUCUGGAACCCCGACGACCCUAGCCUAUACACCAACCAUGCCGCGCAUCAUCGCUUCACCAAGGAAGAGGGCGAUUGGGGCUUCACACGUUUCGUAGAGAGCAGGAGAAUGUUCAACAUACCCUGGGAGAAUAGCUCUAGACCUCUUCUUGAGAAUGAGACGGCCAACAUCACUGCCUAUGUCCGCAUCGUCGAAGACGAAACCGGCGUUCUUUGGCACAACUUUGUCAACUACGACUCCAAAAAGGAAACCGGCUAUGUCGGUCUCAAGAACCAAGGCGCCACGUGCUACCUCAACUCCCUUCUCCAGUCGUUAUAUUUUACCAACGCCUUCCGCCAGGCCGUUUACGAAAUCCCCACAGAAAAUGAUGACAGCCUCACAAACUCUGCAUACACCCUACAGCGUUUAUUUUACCAAUUGCAGACUUCAGACCAGGCUGUGGGCACAAAUGAGCUAACCAAAUCUUUCGGUUGGGAAACAAGGCACAUAUUCGAGCAACAAGAUGUUCAAGAACUCUCGCGCAAGCUCAUGGAGAGACUCGAGGAAAGAAUGAAGGGCACCACGUCCGAAAAUGUUCUCCCCGAAAUGUUCAGCGGCAAGAUCAAGACGUACAUUUCUUGUAUCAAUGUCGACUAUGAAUCAAGUCGUGUCGAAGAUUUUUGGGAUAUUCAGCUCAACGUCAGCGGUAACCAGAGACUCCUCGACAGCUUCCGGGACUACAUCGAGGUCGAAAAGAUGGACGGCGAGAAUCAGUAUUUUGCCGGCGACGAGCACAAGCUACAGGACGCAAACAAGGGCGUCAUUUUUAACAGCUUCCCCGAUGUCCUCCACCUUCAACUCAAGCGAUUUGAGUACGACAUUCAACGGGAUAUGAUGAUGAAAAUCAACGAUCGCUACGAAUUCCCCGACGUUUUUGACGCUGCGCCUUACUUGAAUGAUGAUGCUGACAGAUCCGAGUCUUGGGUAUAUCAGCUGCACGGCGUACUUGUUCACAGCGGUGACCUUAAUGCUGGCCACUACUACGCCUUCAUCAAACCCAAGAAGGACGGCUGGUUCUACAAGUAUGACGAUGACAAGGUCACCAAGGCUACUCUGCGCGAGGUUUUGGAAGAAAACUAUGGCGGCGAGGAGCGUGUCCCUGAAGGCUAUACCAGAGCUCCUCUGCAGAAAAAAGCACCAACUGUUCGCCAGAACAGCGCUUAUAUGCUGGUUUACAUCCGUCAAACCCGCGUUGACAAGAUCCUCCGUGACGUUACCCAGAAUGAUAUCCCCGCCCACCUCCAGCAGCGUUUUGAAGAAGAGAAUGCGCUCAAGGAAACCCGUCGCAAGGAACAACGUGAAGCCCACCUCUACAUGAUGGCCAAGGUCAUCACCAGCCAGACCUUUCGCAACUUUGGCGGUACAGACAUGGGUCGCUUUGACAACAGCAACCCCGAGGAUGAAUCAGCUCCUAGGUCGUAUCGUGUCAAGAAGGCAACUCUCAUGGAAGACUUCGUGCAACAGGUAGCCGUGGACAUAGAUCAAGACCCCCGAAAGGUCCGUCUUUGGCUUAUGGUGAACCGACAAAAUAAAACGAUACGCCCUGAUCAGCCUGUUAUGGAUUUGCGUCUGACUGUGGAGGAGACUUAUGCCCGCUCCGCCGCACACAGAGACUCGAGUCUUCGACUUUGGGCCGAGGUCGCAACCGAGGUUGACAACGACGGAUUUGCCAUCUGGCCCUCAUAUCAAGCUCCUGCUUCCAAUGGUGCUAAGGAGGAUACAAUUCUCCUUUUGCUCAAGCACUUUGACGUGGAUAAGCAGGCGCUCCACGGCGUGGGUCACGUCUACAUGCCCAAGGAUAAGAGAAUCGAAGACAUGGUGCCGCUGAUCCACGCCGCCAUGGGCUGGGAGCCCAAGUUGGCUGAUGAUGAACGCCUUUUGCUAUGGGAAGAAAUCAAGCCCAACAUGAUUGAGCCUCUUAAACCUAAGUUUACUCUGAAGAUGGCUGAGCUGCAGGAUGGUGACAUUAUAUGUUUCCAAAAGACAUCAGAACACAAGUUUCAGGCCCGCAUGUCGGAUGCGCCCAGCAAAGAACAGGCUUCACCAAGCGAUCGUAUGGAGGAUGCUAGAGAGUACUAUGACUUUUUGGAGCACAAGAGGACUGUGAGAUUUCACGCUCAUCCUGCUCGAUGCGACCAGGAAAAGUAUCCCGCGUUUGAGCUUGUUCUCAACUCCAAGAUCAACUACGACACAUUGUCCGAGAGCGUGGGAACCUACCUCAACGUGGAACCAACACACAUUCGUCUAUGGACUGUCAGCGCGUCUACAAACAACCCCAAGGCGCCGGUGAGGCGAGGUACUAACCCAACCCUACGACAAAUUCUCAACCCGACCGGAGGCAGCCUGAACUCAAGUCAAAGGAAUGACGCAUUUUACUUUGAAGUGCUCGAGAUGAGUCUAGCAGAAUUGGAUACCAAGAAGAGUAUCAAGGUUACUUGGCUCAGUGAAGGUCUCACCAAGGAAGAGCAAUACGAUCUCUUGGUGCCAAAAACUGGAACGGUUGAGGAUUUGAUCCAGGCUCUGGUCAAAAAAGCCAAGAUUGCAGACGAGGCCGAAGGAGGACGGAUACGCGUUUACGAAACGAGUUCUAACAAAUUCUAUCGGGAACCUGUCCGCGAGCAUGCUGUGCAAAAUCUUAGCGACUAUACGCAAAUCUACGCAGAACGGGUGCCCACCGAGGAGCAUGACGCCAACGAAGCCAACUUUAUUCAGGUGUUCCACUUCCAGAACGAACCCAACCGCACUCACGGUGUGCCGUUCAAAUUUCUUCUCGUUGAGGGAGAGAAGUUUACAGAUACCAAGAGGCGUCUGGAAAAGAGAACGGGUCUCAAGGGCAAGAGCUUCGAAAAGAUUAAAUUUGCCGUUGUGCGUAGAAGCAACCCGUCAAAACCUCGCUACCUUGAAGAUGACGAUGAGCUCUGGAGCAUGGUUACAUCCGAGGACGACUUCCUCGGCUUAGAUCACAUUGAUCGAACGAGAUCUGUACGAAACGGAUCGGAGGCACUAUUCCUUCGUUGA